AUGGCACCAAUGGUGCUGGCCCUCAUCCUGGGUUGGUGGCUGGUGGCAGCGUGCAGGGCACACCUCCUGCCCCAACCCUCCCUGUCACUACACCUCAGCCAGGAGAUACAAGAGGGGAAUAAUGUCCCCCUGCGGUGCGAUCUGCCCCAGCUGGCUGCCGAGGCUGAGUUCUAUCAGGAUGAACAAUUGAGACUUCACAGGCACAAGGACAAGGGGCUGGACACUUCUGAGUUCUCCUUCACUAUCACAAAGAUGGAACACGCAGUGAAGUAUCGGUGCCAGUACCAAGUGUUAGAACCACCAGGAUUAUUAGAGCAGAGCGACCCCGUGGAGUUGGUGGUGACAGGUGAGGGCACUGGGGACACCACCUGGUCCUAGGCUGACCCCACGGAGCUGUGUCCCAUUGCUGUCCCCUACCUUCAUGCAGAUCUCUGGUACUCCCCACCCAGCAUUUCCCUGAUCCCUGAGGAAUAUGGAGGAAAUGGGACCAAUGCAACCAUCCGUGUGGGGACAGGAACCAAUGACAUGAUCCGGUGCUGGAA